AUGCAUGGUAUUGGCCUUAUUCUUGAGGAGAUAUCUGUCCCUAAUGUGGAGGAUGGCUUUGGGGAAUACAUUGGUGCAGACUUUGGUGAGGGGGGGGUUCAGUUUCAGGGGUCUCUUCUUGAGAAGAGCCAUGCACAAAUUGCAGCAGCUCUUUCUAGCUUACUUGAUGAGGAUAAAUUAUCAGAUGAAGAGGGACCAGGGGAGCAAGAUGGGGGGACACUGGAUAGUAAAUCAGAGAAGGGGAUACUGGAAUGA